GAGGAGGGAGCAUAUUGGAGAGAUGUUACGAAGACCUUAUAUUGGAUGUAAGGGGUGAGAGAGAAUGGAGAUAAGGAUGGCACCUAGGUCACGGGCCUGAGUGACUUGGAGGAUGGUGGUACCCUUGACAGUAGGCCAGGGAGAGGGAAGGGUUUGGGGAAUGACGAGUUCAUUUUGGGACUUGUUGAAUUGAAGAUGUCUAGGGUCUAGAUAUCUAGUCAGCAAAUAGGUUAGGGCUGGAUAAGAAGAUCUGAGAAUCAUCAGCAGAGAGCUGGUAAUUAAAUUCAUGGGAGCUGAGGAGAUCAUCAAGUGAAAUAGUGUUAAGGGAGAAGAGAAGAGGACCCAGGACAGAACUCUGGGGGACACUUACAAUUAGAGGGUAUGACGUGAGUGAAGAUCCAGCCAUUUUCUAAGAUUAAUUACCUAACAACAAAACAGGACAUGCGAAUGUUCUCUGAACUUGAACUAGAAAUUACAUCUAGAUUGAGCCCUAGACCUAUAACCCAAUGUGUGAGGAAUCCAUGGAUUUUUUUUUUUUUAAAGGAAGAAGGACAUAUCUCCCCCAUGAAAUGGUGAGCUCCUUGAAUGCAGGGACUGUCUUUUGCCGUUUUUCUUUUUAUCUCCAGUAUUAGCACAGUGCUUGGCACACUUAACAAAUAUUUGCUGACAGACAUAGACCUCUGAGGUGGAAGUGGGGAGGAAAUGGACAUGUCAGAGCCCUGCUCUGAGGCCAGUGACUCCUGUGGUUACGCCUCGUAGCUCCUGCCACUGGAACCCUGUUGGAGGAAGCCUUUCCUGUUGAGAAUCUGACCACUUCCUCAAUAUCCUUGCCUCUCUUUUUCACUCUUGCUGCCCUUGAGUCUAUGCUCAAAGCUAAAAUGGAAUUCACCCAAGCAUGCUUGGUACCAUUUGUACAGUGGUGUGAAUGGCAGCCUUCUUCCGUAACCUGUCAUGUUCCCAGACUAUCUCUUCUUCCUCGAAGUUCUCAGCCUUCUUUCUUCCAGUUGAUCACGAUGCAGCUGCUAUGGAGAGUGGAAUAGAAGCAGAAAUAUAAAGGGGCAACAAUGACCUCAGUUCCCCAGAAGUGGGGAUGGUUUUGCUGCCCUCAGGCCCCAGGGGUGAGGAUGAUUUUAUGGAACUGGGUGAGUACAGCCCCCGCAGGAAUCCCUGCUCUGCUAAACACUUACGUCUACGGAAGGAGGAUUGAUCCUUCCAGAAAGCAAGAGAAGAGUGCUUUUUACACCAGAAGAACCAGCCCCUGCUACUACUUGUCUGCCAUGCAGCAGAACCUGAAUUAUCUUUACCCUCAAAUCUACUGGGUAGACAGCAAUGCUGGCCCAUCCUGUGCUCCUCCAUUGACAGCUCUUCCCUGUCCACCCCCUGUACCUGGAAGGGCUGGUCUGAGGAGGCCACCGCCACCACCACUACCACCACCACCGCCGCUGUCACAUUCACCUCCUCCACCUCCACCUCUUCUACCCUGCUCAUCUCUAAAGAAGAGGACUAAUAACACAAAUCUCUAUCUUCUUCUGGUCUUUUUUAUGGUUCUGGUGGCCCUGGCUGGACUGGGAAUGGGACUGUUUCAGCUCUUCCAUCUGCAGAAGGAGUUAGCCAAACUCAGAGAGUCUACCAGCAGUGGGCAGGUGGUUGCAUCUCCUGAGCAGCAAAUAGGCUCUCGCAACACAUUUGAAAAGAAGGAACUAAAGAAAGCAGCCCAUCUAACAGGCAAGCCUAAAUCACAAGGCAUCCCACUUGAAUGGGAAGACACCUAUGGAAUCACCCUUGUUUCCGGAGUCACAUACAAGAACCGGGGUCUGGUGAUCAAUGACACUGGCCUUUACUUUGUCUACUCGAAGGUGUACUUCAGGGGCAAGCUCUGUGACAACCAGCCCCUGGAACAUGUACUUUAUAAAAGGAACCCCAACUAUCCCCAAUCCUUGGUACUGAUGGAAGAAAGGAAGAUGAACUACUGUACCAGCAGGCAGAUGUGGGCCCAAAGCAGCUACCUAGGUGCUGUGUUCAACCUCACCAGUGCCGACAGCUUGUAUGUCAAUGUCUCUGCAUUUUCACUGGUCAGUUUUGAGGAAUCCAAGACAUUUUUUGGCUUAUAUAAACUCUAAGGCAGCUCUAAAAAAAAAAGAGGAUGGGGACUGCUUCGUGAUGGUAUCCAGUCCGUUGUAGCUCUGAGAUUAUUGCCUUGAUAAGGAGCUCCAUGAGUUUUGGGAGCCAGCCUGAAGUCAAGGAAAGACACACAAACCACAAGGGUCCUAGGACCAUGAGAAUGUUGGAUCUGUUGUUUCUUUACCUUAUCCAAAGUCCAUGAGCCAAUGGAAGCCAUUGGGUAUGGGUGAGGGUGGAGAAGCCAGUGGCCGCCAUGAUUAUGCUGAAAAGUCUUGGUUGUCUUUUGGUUUUAAACUUGUAAAGAGCACCUUUUAAACUUACCUUUCAUGGAUAUGUUUACUACCUCAGGGGAAAUUGUCCUCAACUGAAUAUUCUUGAAUGUGAAUGGCAGGGAAUGGGUGGUGUGUGUGUAGGUGUGUGUAGGUGUGCACAAAUGUAUGUGAAAGAGAGUCCUUGCCAUAUUAGAGCAUCUACACUUCUAGAUAUAUUUCUAGGAGCAUAGGUUUUUCCUUGACAAGGAGGACAAGAUUUUUCCUGUGUGAAGAACCACGUUUUGUUCCACAUACAAAGGAUGUCAGUGCAAUUGUUGCUGUGUGUUUACGUGUGUGUGUGUGCCCAUUCCACCACUAUGAAGAUUAUUUCUUUGGGUUUUCUCUAAGCAGAGGGACAUCUGAGAAUUCUGAGUUCUGAUACAUGCUUAUCAGAAAAAUUUGGGAAAGAUUAAGUGGUGAAUCUUGGAAGUUUCUGAAGGAACUAACUUUAUUAAUCAGGUGUUUACGACAGCGCAAUGUUUUGUGGUCCUCAGAAAGUUCUAAUUAAUGUAAGCUAUUUGUCCUGUGUCCACAAUAUUUAUAUACAAUAUGUGCAUAUUUUUCUAUUAAGAGAUACUUGUAAUAAAAAAUAUCUAUUUUUAGUAUA